AUGAACGAGGACGCUCUCAUCUUGAGCAACGAUUCCGGCUUCCACAGCGACUGGAAAAGCAUUUACCAUCGGGAUGCGUUAUUCUGGGCAUCGCACGAGUAUCAUACUGAUCCCAUAAUGAAGACCAUCGUCCGUACCGUUUUUUCCCUGGCAAAACAGUUCAAUCUCUCACCCGCGAUCGAGUUUACGGUGAUCGACACACUGGAGCUGCUGCUGGUGCGUGUGUUUCAGAGCUGGAUGCAACUGAAGGCGACUUCCUUGCAGCUGCUGCAUCGCAAAAAAGAAGCCUUUCUACGGCAGCUGCCCUUGUACACGGUCGCGGUGGUCGAUAUCGUGGCCAAGUACAUCGAUGCCUCCGUCAAGCUCAACCUGGUCGCUCUUAAGCGAGCCGCAAAGGCAAGCGUCAGUUGCCAAAACAUGCUUACGAUCGAGUUCGAAGUGAUUAAGAUUUUGGACAGUGAGCUUCAGUCUUCGUUGCUGCUAGGAGCGGUGGAGCGAUUUUCCAAGGAGUACUUGCUGCCGUUAAACAUCACCAGCAAGGAGAACAUUGCAGUUAUCGGGUUGAAAUUGUUGCGGCUUGCUACGUCGGAACGGUUGCGCAUCUACGACAGCCUGAAAGCUUCCAUCAGAGAUCGGGACAGUUUUCACCGCUUCAAAUCCAGCAAGCUGAUCCUUGCGGGUUCGAUUGUCAUCACGAUACUGCACCUUCUCCCAACGGCGCGCCGCAGCAAGGCAGUGCUGAACCAGAUCCUUGAACCGCUCGCCGAUGAUUGCUGCGUGCAGGCGACGAACCUGAUCUAUCUCCGCGACGCAAUGUUGCGCGUUAUUUCCAACCGUUGA